AUGGCCUGUUUUCAUAAUGCAGCAGUAAACUUUCACUUCUUCAAGCAACAUACUUUUCAUUUGAUUCAUGAUUUCUCUGUUAGGAUGAAGAGUUUCAUGCACAAUACUUCGUCAGACCUGGAGAUUUUAAACUGCUUUGGUGUGCGGCAUAGGCAGGUUAAACUUGACCAACCGAUUGAAUGUAACUGGAAUCCUCCAAACAGGGAUGAGCUCUUAUUAUGCUGCGAUGGUGCUGCCAAGGGAAACCCUGGUAGGGCGGGUGCUGGUGUAGUUGUACGUGAUGCUGACUGCAAUUUCAUUGGAGCUAUGAGCAUUGGUUUGGGAAGAACGAACAACUUCUUGGCUGAGCUGUAUGGUAUUAUCGUGGGAUUGGAAUGGGCUGUGAAGUGGAACAUUGGCAAAGUCCUUAUUCGUUCGGAUUCAGUUAGUGCUAUUACAGCCUUGACAACCUCAAACAUCCCUUGGUUUGUUAAGCACGGGUGGAGUUUAAUUUAA